AUGGUCUCUGCUGUACGGGUCGCCCCAACGAGGGCAAUGCGCGCCAUGAACCUUCUCCGUACCGUUCAAUACACACAUCCGCCCUCCUGUCCCUGCCACGGAAACCCCACGCAUCCGCACCACCACCAGCCCUCCUCCGGUCUCCUCGCCCACGCAAAACAGAAUCUCCAGCGCAACUAUGCCACCCCAGUCGACACCUCGAGGCAGAAGGAAUAUGCGUUCGAAAUGGCGGCGUCGUCGAUCCGCUUCGGACCGGGGGUUACGAAGGAGGUAGGUAUGGAUUUCAAGAAUAUGGGCGCGAAGCGCGUGUGUGUGGUUACGGAUAGCGUGGUGAGGAAUUUGAAUGCUAUGAAGCAGGUUGAGGAGGGUCUGACGAGAGAGGGGAUUGAGUAUACUGUUUUUGCUGGGUGUAGGGUUGAACCUAAGGAUAGCUCGAUUAAGGAGGCAAUUGCAUUUGCCAAACCGUAUCAACCAGACGCUUUCCUUGCCGUAGGUGGUGGAUCGGUUAUUGAUACGGCGAAACUCAUGAAUCUUUAUACUUGUUAUCCCGAUGCCGACUUUCUGGACUUCGUCAAUGCUCCGUUGGGAAAGGGACUACCUAUUAACAAGCCUCUGAAGCCUCUUAUUGCCGUGCCCACCACAGCUGGCACAGGUUCCGAAACCACGGGUACAGCAAUUUUCGACCUUGUGGCCAAGCGUGCAAAGACCGGUAUUGCACACCGGAAUCUCAAGCCGACACUGGGAAUAUGCGAUCCGUACAACACUAGGACUAUGCCAUCAGCCGUCCAUGCCAGCUCAGGCUUAGACGUACUAUGUCACAGUCUCGAAAGCUGGACUGCAAUUCCGUAUUUCGAACGAGUUCCACGACCUGCGAAUCCAAUACUUAGGCCUGCCUACCAAGGAGCCAACCCUAUAAGUGAUAUUUUCUCCUUGCAAGCUCUGAGAAGCACGGUCAAGUACUUACCCAGAGCCGUAAAGGACCCGGAUGACCAUGAGGCCCAAAGCCAGAUGUUGCUAGCAGCUACUCUUGCAGGCGUCGGGUUUGGAAAUGCUGGUGUGCAUUUAUGUCACGGAAUGUCCUAUCCAAUCUCUGGCCAAAAUCCAGGCUACAAGCACGCAGGCUACCAAGUCGAUACCCCCAUCAUCCCACACGGUGUAUCCGUAGCCGUCUCAGCACCAGCCGUAUUCCGCUUCACAGGCCCCUCGAACCCAGAACGCCAUCUCCAAGCCGCCGAAGCAUUCGGCGUCGACAUAUCCAACGUGAAGAAAGAAAGCGCGGGCGAAGUUCUCGGCGAAGCGCUCGAGCGAUUCCUGGCAGAUUUGGGGGACCAGCCUAGGGGCUUGAAGGAUUUGGGAUUCAAGGCGGAGCAUUUGGAUGAUUUGGUCGAGGGGACAAUUCCGCAGGCUAGGGUGUUGAUGUUGGCGCCUGGGUUGGCGGAGGAGGUGGGCGAGGAAAGACAGCAGCUGAGGCACCUUUUUGAGGAUGCCAUGGUGCAUUAG